UCUCAGAACACCUGUCGAAGCAGUUGAGCUUCCGAUACAUCGAGCGCGCUUCCCGCGCGCUGGCACCGCUUCAUCAUCGAAGCGCAGCUAAUAUGGAGCUUGGAGCAGAUGUACGAAGACCCUCAGAAGAAGUCCUCAACGGCAACCGAGCCCAAUUUCUCAAGGCUACAAAGGCCCCACGCCCACGAGUCAUGAGUUCUGCUAUAAGAUCAGCUUGGUUGUAGAAGAAGUUUUUUCCAUCAAGAUCGUAGGCCAUACCUCUCGCAACCGUCAUCAUGAUGUACUCCAGCAUUCUCUCUCUGAUCUGCACUGCAUGGAUACUUCUUAUUCCGUGUGCUGCCAGUGUUAUUGUUAGUGACACAGUGGCGUCAGGAGCGCUAUGGGCGCCAUACAUCCACGACAAGAUUGUUCCAAAUAAAGUUCGAGCCGUUCUAAAUGCGGCAGAGGCUCGAUCGACGCCAGUCGAUAGCGCCUUGCGGCAACUAAAUGUCCAUGAGAAAGCAUCGCCCAGCCGAGCUCGUGCAGUAGAUCGCAGGGCGAACGAACCGCGAGAGACAUUCGCUGGAAAUAUCUGGCAACCUACCACUCAUGCAGGCGUAGCCGCAAGGCAACCGGUUGUUAAACGUGCCGAAGGACCUGUUGGAGGGUUUUUAUUUCAGGACGCCGUUCACGACAAGAUUGCCGAUUCUUGACACAGUAGUGAUCGAGUAGAGUCUCGCGUGCGCUGCACGAUAGGCAAUGAAAGAAGCAUUUAUUCAAGGAGGGCACUGAAUCGAGGGAUUGAAAAGCAUUGAUUAAACAUUCC